AUGGCCACAAACAAUGCAUAUCCGAUUUCCUCCAACUCACGGACAAAGUUGAACGCGUUUCGCUUUAAAGAAGACGAAGCAAUUCCCCACGACACCUCGAAAGACGAGACGAAGUCGGCUAGUGGGAGCAAAGGAUCUCAAGAACCGGGCUCUAACCGUGAGGCUGAGCUGAUGCAGACAUCCUCCAAUGAAAGCAAGCCUCUACCUCAUGACGUUCAAGCACCGGAACCCGAGAUACAAGAAACAAGACCAACCAAAGACUGCCCUCAGACCCCAGGCAACAGGAUACCUCUGGCCGAUUUAAUCGGCAAUGCUGAAGAUUCUUUUGAUCCCGCGGCAGUUGCGGAGGUGACACCUGUUGAGCAUGUCAUAUGGCAGCAUGUGCCUGCCAGCUCAAACGCGGAUACUUCGUCUCAGACAACGGCGAGUCGUCGAAGGAAGCGCAGGCACAGUUCUUCGCCUGCUGGUUCUCCCUCAAAAGGAAAGAACAAAAAGAGCCAAAAAGAACCCCUCGAUCUCCAGUCAAUACAAGCUCUCUUCAAAACCCCGCAACAUGACAUGGCUGCCGAAUUGUGGAAUAAUUACAUUGACAAAAACAUGGUUGAUGGAGCAGAAGAGCUUCCACCACCGCGACUCGCAAAUCUUCUCUCAUCUUCACCUCAGACACCGGUUUCGGGCAGAACAAGCCGAGACUCUUCGGGGCUUAGGCGUGCAAUUAGUUGCACUACUGAAUUUCCCACUUCUCGGACAAAACGACGACGAGUCAACCGACUAGAUGCUCGUGGUCGUGGCAUGUUUGAACGGACUAGCAGCAAUGUCGAGUCUGGGAAUCCCAAAUCCUCAAGAAUCACUUAUCUUAUGGAGAAGAUUGAGAGAAGUAUACACAUGGCUCCUGCCGACGCGAGGCCACCUGGGUCUUCCCCUUUGCGUCAACACGUGGAUGUGCGCAGGUGUCGCUCAUCUUCGCCUAUGAAGGACAGUAAGCUCCACGAUAUUUUCGAAGAAGCUGCCAACUCACCUUGCGGCCCACCGCUGGAGAAAGGAAGAAUUGGGCAGCCGCCUGUUCUUGAAGAGUCGUCAUCCGAGUUCGGAGACGACGAUCUUGAUCAGGAUCUAAUGGAUUUGGCCGAUGUCUCGGGGGAUCCUUUCACUGAACCAACGCCCUCUAAUGAGUUUGCUUCUCUGGGAUCCUCUGGCUGGGCUGUCCUCACGGCAGAUAAGUCUCGUUCAUGCCACCCCAAAGAGGAUUCAAUCCUGGACAGCAAGCCUUCACUCCCUCCAAACAAUACGAAUAACGAAACGAAAGAUGAUGAAUUCGAUGAUUCCGAUGAUUAUGACGACCUGCCCGAUAAUCUGCAGGAACUCCUGGCAAAGUGUGACACACAGUCUAGACCGGCCGAGCCAUCAAACCAGAGUUCCAUGGGCCUAAAUCUGCAGAAGACAGAUGCGCUGAAUGCCUCUGUCAAUGGCAGUCUACAUAGCAAACACCCAGCUACCGUGACUGCCAAGGCCGAGAUUGGAUUGUCGGAUAAAGAGUUUGAUGACGAGUUUGAUGAUGAUUUUGAUAUGGAGGCCAUCGAACAAACUAUGAAGCAAGCAGGUGAAGCAGGACCGGCUUAUAACCUUAAAGGUCGACAAGCUAUCAAGCGUUAUCACAUCGUUGACAUCCAGGAGUCCACCUAUGUCACCCCGAAAGGCCGUACUCAGCCAGAACAGGGCUUGCUUGUCGAAGAUGAGAAAACUCGAGACCGCAAACACAUCAUCCUGCGGGAGACAUGGUUCGAUACUCCCUGCAGCAAGGACUCGUACAUCCACCUGGUCGGGGACUUCAACGCAGCUGGCCAAUGCGUUGUAGAUAAUACAAACAACAUGAUCAUCCUCCACCCUGAUCACCUCAUUUCCGCUACGGUUGUGGCAGAUUCGAUCGACUGCCAGCGACGAGCUGUCCUUCAAGAUCGAGUCAAAGUCAUCGGCGCACUUGAGAGGCCGCAGGCUUUCGGUGUGUUCUUUCACGAAGUUUUCCAAGAAGCUCUCAAAGCGAACCAAUGGGAUAUGGAUUCAUUGAAGACAUUGGUGGAGACUGUUAUGGGCAGACAUGUUGAGGAGCUGUACUCGAUUCAAAUGAGCAUCCCUGAAGCUGUUGAAUAUCUCAUGAGCAGGAUGCCUGCCGUCCUCGACUGGGCACACACUUUCCUACAUCCCAAGCCACAGGCCAAUUCUAUGGUAGAAGACCGCAACAGCUCCAAGUUAAAUUUGAGCAUCAAUAAGCUGCUCGGAGUCGAGGAGCAUAUUUGGUCCCCAAUGUAUGGGCUGAAAGGCAACAUCGAUGCGACUGUACAAGUCGCCUGUCGUGAAGAUAAAGUCGAGAGGAACCUGGUCGUUCCACUGGAGCUCAAGACUGGACGAAGAGACACGAACCAAUCACACAGAGCUCAAACGGCUCUUUACACUUUACUUCUGUCGGAUCGCUAUGAUCUUGAUGUGACUUUCGGGCUUCUCUAUUACCUCGAAUUGACGAAGACUCUCAGCAUCCGCGGAGUUCGACAUGAACUCCGCCAGAUGAUUCAGGUGCGCAAUCACUUGGCUGGCUAUAUUCGUGAAAGGCAGCAGCUUCCACCGAUGCUGAAGAAAGCGCGUCAAUGUAUUCGUUGUUAUGCAAAGACCCCUUGCCUCAUCUACCACAAGCUUUCUGAGGACGGCGAUGGAGAAACCAGCGCACUUGGCGAGGACUUUGAUGCGGCCGUCGGUCAUCUAGACAAUGGCGAUCGGGACUUCUUCCGGAAAUGGGAUGACCUGUUGACCAAAGAGGAAGGCAAUCUCGUCAAGUUCCGUCGUGAACUUUGGACGUUGCUGAGCAGCGAACGAGAGGCUCUGGGCCGAUGCUUCGGGGAUGUUGUGAUUGAUCCGAAAUCGGUAUACGAGGAAAACACUGGGACAAAGAUCAAUCGCUACCAUUAUACGUUCGUCAAACGAAAAGCGCCUCCUGGCUUCUCGUUUGCUGAAUCUCAAAUAUCUGUCGGUGAGCCAAUUGUCAUUUCCGAUGAGAAGGGACAUUUUGCUCUCGCCAACGGAUACGUGGUGCAUACUAGUCCAUCGCACAUCAAAGUCGGGGUGGAUCGAAAACUUCACAAUGCACGAUCUAAAACGGUCGGCUUCAAUGCAGUCACAAAUCAGUCCUUCAGAGGUAUCAUGGAGGUUGGAAAAGAAGAACCUGCAGCUCUGGAAGACCCGGAAGAGCAGCUGGUUUAUCGAAUCGACAAAGACGAAUUCAGCAACGGCAUGGCCAUUGUGCGAAACAAUCUCAUCUGCAUGAUGGAUAAAGACUUGUUCCAAGCGAGGCAGCUUCGACGGCUCAUUGUCGAGGGUCAAACGCCCGCCUUUAAGGCGUCGCCGUCCUCCGCAUACACGAUCUCUGAUCCCGGCAGUCUCAAUGUUGACCAAAAACAGGCCAUCGACAAGGUUAUGAGCGCCAAAGACUACGCCCUUGUCCUCGGAAUGCCUGGGACCGGAAAGACCACAACAAUUGCUCAUAUCAUUCGUGCGCUGGUCGCACAAGGCAAGAGUGUUCUUCUCACAUCGUACACCCACACUGCAGUUGACAACAUUCUACUGAAGAUCCGAGACGACAACAUUCGUGUGCUGCGUAUUGGUGCGACCGCCAAGAUCCAUCCGGAUGUCCAGGACUUCGCCGAUCUUGCUGCAAUCCCAAAGGCAACCAUUGAAGAACUGAAGAAUUCAUAUGAGAAGCCCCAGGUCGUUGCCACUACAUGCCUCGGAGUAAACCACAACAUUUUCAAUCAGCGCAUCUUCGACUACUGUAUUGUCGAUGAAGCUUCGCAGAUCACACUCCCUGUCUGCCUCGGCCCCAUCCGCAUGGCAAGGACUUUUAUCCUGGUCGGUGAUCACUACCAGCUGCCGCCGCUUGUGCAGAAUAAAGCGGCCCAGGAAGGAGGACUAGACGUCAGUCUCUUCAAAUUGCUCUCGGAUGCUCAACCAGACUCGGUGGUCAACCUAGAGCACCAGUAUCGCAUGUGUGAGGACAUCAUGUUACUCUCCAACACCCUGAUAUACUCGGGUCGUCUAAAAUGCGGCACACCGCAGGUUGCAAGCCGAUCUCUGGUUAUACCCGACAUGAACGCGCUCGAGAAAUUCCAUGUCGAUGAUGUGAGCCAAGCUCCGCCACGGUCUCAACGAGACCCCUGCCCUGGUACUCAUAACAGCUCAUGUUGGCUGCGCGACCUAUUGACGCCAUCUGCGAAAACGCGCCUGGUCAACACCGAUCCCAUCGGUCCUGCCGCUCUGGAGAUAGCACAGGGAAAUCGCGUAGUGAAUCAUAUGGAGGUCUUCCUCUGUUCGCAACUUGUGGAGUCCUUCAUCGCCUGCGGUAUUCCGGCACGCAACAUUGGCGUGAUCACCUUCUACCGGAGUCAACUUUCGCUUCUCCGCCAGAGUCUGCGACGCUACACUCCAGACCUUGAAAUGCACACCACAGACAAAUUCCAAGGCCGUGACAAAGAGAUCGUCAUACUGAGCUGCGUCCGCAGUAACGCUGAAAACAACGUCGGCGAACUCCUACGUGACUGGCGUCGUGUCAACGUCGCCUUCACUCGCGCACAAACGAAACUCCUGGUCGUCGGCAGCAGAUCCACUCUUCGCGAUGGUAACGAGCUCCUCUGCAAAUAUGUGCGUCUCAUGGAAAGCAAAGACUGGGUCUACAACUUGCCCAGCCAGGCAAUAGACAAGCAUGUCUUCGAUUGCACCUCGCAGUCGCAACUCAUGUCUCCGGGUGCGGUAUCGACCCCUGGCUCUGCCAAGGGCAAGCGCAAAGCCGAGAUGACGAGCCCUUCCAUCAAGAAAGGGUCACUCUCUGCUCGCUCUGCUCGUGAUCCACUAAGUCCACUGGGCUCCCGGCAAGCGCCUCCCGGUCCUCGGAAGCCUUCGAAGAUAGGUGCAAAGUUGUUCAACGGUACCAACGUGGUUGGCAAUCGGCCUAUCUUACGAGACAUUGUAAAUGACUUGACGGGUUAA